AUGGCCUCCCCACCGAGGAAUACCUUUGUUCCUUCCGACUCCUUCAAUGAUCCUAAGAGUCAUGUCACACAUGAUGACAACAAUAACAACUCGACGACACAAUCCAACUACUUUAAUAUCCCCGCUGCUGCUCCAGCCUUAAGUUUCAAUGUCACACACGACAAUCUGAAUGGCAGUGUCGAGUCGCUGGCUCCUCAACACGUCGCCAAGCAGCCUUCUCCACACGUGAGUCUCAAUCCAGCAUCUCACUCAGGCUCGGGACCUCGCCAGGGAUCAUUCUCAGAUAUCUUACCUCACGGUCAUACUCCACCUCCGCUUAUCAACUCAAACAUACCUACUUUAAGAACCGGCAUACCCAGCCUUCCCGCAGAUGUCAACGCCGUUCUCAUCGAUGCGCAGACCAAAACCGACCCUAACUUUCGAUAUUCCCUACCGUCUUUGAGCAUGAGUCAGACACAGAACCUCUCUUCUGUUAGUAACGCCAACGACGACGAAAAUGACACAAUAACUAUCGUGGAUAGUGGUGCGAACCACAAUAAUGUUAGGGAUGGAAAUACGUCGACAAUAGCAGUCAAUCAAAACAACGUAUCAGGCAGAAACAAGCAAUAUAUUCUUUCCGACGGUUCUGUGGUCUCUGGUAAGGGGCUUGGUAGAGGCAGACCAGGCGUCAAACGUGGGCCACGAAGCAUCAGAACUCCAGAUGCUGACCCGAGCUCACCCCAAGUGGUACCCACGAACGCAUCGGACCAGCCUUACCACUUUGGACCUCCUAGCAAGAAAAGAAAGAGUGGUGUGUCCGAGACGUCAGAGUCUAAUUUACGUGCAUCGACUUCAAAUUCCACAGCUACCCCAUCUCGAGAGAGCUCCGAAGAAUACAACCCUUCUGCGCAUACUCGCUCCGGAAGGCCAGUCCAGAAGCCUGUCUCUCUCGGCGACGGUACUCCUGUGCAAGCGAGUCCCUCAAGAAAACCGUCUCGAAACAACUCUACAGCCCAUACGAUGUCGAAUUCUCCUGCGUCCACUAAAACUCACCCAAAGAUCAAACGCAGAGUUUACCGGGGACGUGAGCAGUUUGCGCUUUGUGAGCAUUGUUUGCGCGGGCAUGGUCCUCCGGGAAAUGUGAUUGUCUUCUGCGAUGCGUGUAACAAGUGCUGGCAUCAACGCUGUCAUGAACCCCGGAUCUCUACACACACGGUUACUGACUCCAAAGCUGAGUGGUUCUGCUCUGAAUGUGACCGUAUUCUGCAUGGGAAAAAGAAGGAUAAGAAGAUAAACGGGAAAGGAAGCACCCAGUCCGCAGUUGUGGCAUCUCCCGUCGUCGAGCCAAAACCCACUUUCACUGGGCCACGAGUAGGAGGUCGUUUCCUCCGCCUCGAGCAACGACAAGCGUACUUGAAAACGCUUUCCCGAGAUGAUCUUGUGGCAUUAGUUCUUCAGGCUUCAGAUCUGGCACCGGACUUGCCUUUGUUCCAAACCCCGGCGCCACCACCAGUGGCAAUGCCCCAAGCGCAGUUCACUUCUACCUAUGUAACACCAGUCUCGAAAGUUCCUUCCUUUGGCGACAAGGAUGCUGGCGAGGACCAUGAGGUAGAUGAAGGGUAUGACGGCUACUUUGAUGAGCUCGCCGCACUAUAUCCCAAACCCGGAAAUGGAGUGCACCUGCCACCAGAGAGCGAGGAUUUACAUAUUUUGCUGGAGGGCAAAGGCAGUAGAACUUUUAGUCACUGGGUGAAAGGAACGCAGGGAAAUCUGUUCAGCGGGUCCGGGAACAUUUCUUCGACAAUCUACUGA